UGUAAAUAGAUCGGUCUGUGGCUUUUCUUCUUUUUCUUCUUCUUCUCCCUCCCUCCCUCCCUACCUCUCCUCCUUCAAACAACAAGUAACAACAUACACACACCUACCUACCUACCUACAUCCCCCACCCACCCAAUGGCCGACUACUGGAAAUCCACACCCAAAUACUGGUGCAAAUUCUGCACCACCUUCGUCCGCGACACUAAAUUCGAACGCCAACAGCACGAGGCAACAGGCAGGCACCAGGGCGCCAUUCAGCGCUCCCUCCGCACCAUCAAUCGCGACAAGGAGCGCGAGGACCGCGAUAAGCAGCGUGCUAGGGAUGAGGUUGCGCGGUUGAAUGGUUUGGUUGGUGGUGGUGGUGGUGCUGGUAAUACAGGGAGUGCUGGUGCUGCUGGUAAUACAGGGAGUGCUGGUGCUGCUGCUGCUGGUGGUAGUAGUGCACCAGACCAGAAACCGACGCCGAGACAAGCACAACCUACGGCCACAGCUCCGCGCAAAGCAACAGCCCAAGACGUAAAAGCACACAUCGCACAACUCGCCGCGCUCGGCGUCGCGGUGCCAGAGGAGUAUCGCGCGGAGAUGGCGAUGCCGGGGGAGUGGCAGACGGUGCGUCAGAUCCCUCCCGCGCAGAUCAAGAAAGAGGGAGAAGGAGAAGAAGAAGACGAGAAGAAGGGCGUUGCCGCCGCGGGGCUAGAGCUGAACAGAGGCGUGCGCAAGAGACGCAUGGGAGACGAGGAGGAGGAGGAGGCGGAGUUGGCGCGGCAUGUGCUGUCGCGGAAGAGGAAUUGGGGGAGUGUGUUUAGGGGCGUGGGGGAUGUGGAGGUGGGGGAUGAGGUGGAUUUGGAUGUGUUGUUUCCGGGGAAGAAGGUUAGGGUUGGGGGUGAGGGUGAGGGUGAGGUGGCGGAUGUGGAGGCAGAGAGGGUGGUUAAGAGGGAGGAGGCAGUGGUUAAGAAUGAGCCUGUGGAUGAUGCGUCGUUGGAAUUGGAGGAGCAUGGCGAAAAGCAUGACAUGCCUGUCGUCAAGACUGAAGCUGAAGAGACUAAACCUGAACCUGAAGCCACGACGACGACUGGUGUGGUGUUCAAGAAGCGCAAGAAUAAAGCUGGUAGACCGAAAUGAAAGGGUAAUACAUCGUGCUUCUCAGCUUCACUACAUCAAAUCACAUCUCAUCAUCUGGACCAUCAACAUCACCACAGCCCGCACCGAUCCGCGAUCCGCGAUCCGCGACACACGAUCAACAACGUAAACAAAAAAACAAGAGGUGCAUCUACAACCGCUCCCAACAGCACAGCCAGCGCGACCAAGCAGCCAAGCAGCCAGUCAUCCCACGUUAAAGCCGAAGAAAACAUCGCUAGUAUCAUACUCUCGACCAAGAGGUCCAGAAACGGGCAAACAGGACAGUGGGACUACUAGAUGGUGAAAUUAAGAAACCCUGGAUAGCGGAGUGAGAUGGGAACUAGGAAGAAUGUUUGUUUGUACAUUAACAUUGGCACCUUAUUUGUCGAGCUGCAGAUCCGGGUAGAUAAUAGCUAGGCAGAUCAACGAUGAUGAACAG